AUGAGUUUAACGUGUAAAGUUGCUCUUCCGUUCCUGUCUUUUUUUGCUGCAGCGUCAUUCCUAGCCUUUACAGCUUUGGCUGACAACAAAACCAAACAACCCUCGAAUAAUGUGGUGAGCCACUAAUAAGUAGCUUUCUGUGUAGGACAACAACUGUUAUAAACUGAAAUAAAGGAUAACGACCAAAUUCAUUACCACUGAGGACCUUGCACUUUGCACAACCCAGAAAGUAAUGUUUUUCAGAAAAUCUUUAUCUAGUCUCUGCGUGAAAGAAAAUACCACAUCUCCUUCACUUGUAAGUGAAAAUCAUUAUGAGAUUGCAGCUUCGGCUAGAGUUUGAAAAAGAAAAAAGGGGAGGAAAAUUAUAAAAAUAAAAAUAAAAACAAAAAAAAGGAAAUAUAUACAGCAAGCAAUAAAGAAAAAUUGGUACAUAAAUGACUAAAUGUUUCUUUGCACAAACAUAAAUUAAUAUUUUUCGUCUCUUCUUGUUCCUUAAUAAAGCAAUCACCUCCAUUCUGGUAUUGUGGGGUUCCCGGCAUGCAUGGCAAGCCCGGUUCUCCAGGGUUACCAGGCCGUGACGGACGUGAUGGCCGAGAAGGAGCUAAAGGUGACAAAGGAAGCCCGGGAAAGAUUGGGCCCCAGGGACCUCCUGGAGUAACGGGUUUUGUUGGUGUGAAAGGAAAAGAUGGUGCUAAAGGAGAGCCUGGUGUACGGGGCCCACCAGGUCCAAAAGGAGAGCGUGGACAAAGUGGACAUCCUGGGACUCCAGGCCUGAUGCCUUUUAAAAACUGGAAAGAGUGCGCAUGGAAAGAUUUAAACGAUGACAAAGACAGGGGUUUAAUAAAGGUAAGGUUACAAGAACUCUUAUUUUCUCCUAAAUCGCUUGGUCCCCAUUUAUCUUUUCUACCUUUAUCUUAUGAUACCUAAGCGAUUUAACCAUUCUAUGUUUAUUUCCGUCAUUUUUAGGACUGUGUCUUCACUAAGAACUUUUCUGACACAGCUCUUCAUGUGGCCUGGACCGGUGCCCUUAGAAACUACAGGUGUACAACCUGUUGCAAACGCUGGUACUUCACUUUCAACGGCGCAGAAUGUUCAGCUCCCUUACCUAUUGACGGUAUUGUGUACAUGUGGCAAGGCAACACUCAAGAUCUUCACCGUGUUCGCCAUAUUGAGGGGCACUGCAACAACAUCCACAAAGGAAAGGUGCGCGUUGGAUUCUGGGUUGGUAAUUGUCGAGCGGGAUCACCCGGCAACGCCUACACUGGCUACGUGUCUGUGUCCCGGAUCUUCAUUGAAGAAGUCCCUAAGGCUCAGGCCUAA